AUCCCUCCUCCUCCAUCCCUGCUCCUGCAUCCCUCCUCCUCCAUCCCUCCUUCUCCUCCUCCUCCCCUUGACCCUCGGCCACAGGGACUGCGGGGCUCGGCGCGCCCCCCUCCCGCCGGCCGGACGCUAGCCCCGAGCCCCCCGCCCCAUCCCCGACACCCCAGAAGCAGCAGCAGCCCCCCGCCGCAGGAUGCCGGGGUUCGGGGGCCCGGGGGCCCCUCCUCCCCAUCCCCCCGCUUGGCCUCCCGCCCUGGCCACCCUGGCCACCCUGGCCACCCUGUCCGCCUUGGGCGCGGGGCUCCGCCCGCUGGGGCUGCUGCUUCUCUUGCUGGGGAGCCCGGGGGCACGGGCCGGAGACCCGACCCGGGACGGAAGGACGCCGCCGGCCCGCUCGUCCCACCCGCUCCCGGAAGAACCGUCCGACGGGAAGAUCCGCCCGGAGAACGCCGACCCCAAGGAGACGACGGUCCCGAACCCCGUCCUGUCGAGCGUGGAAUUCAAAGACCCCGCGGCGGCGGGGGGAGCUAGCCCGCCGUCCCACGGAGAAGCGCUGCCCGCGUCCACGCCUUUCCCCGACGCUGAGGGAAAGCUCGCCUUCCCCUCGGGAGAUCGGACACCGUCUUUAAAGCCGGUCAGCACAGGCCGCGGGCACCCGAGGCCCAAAACGGCUCCCUCCGGAUCGCCGAUGGGACCGGCCCGGUCGGGGCCCGGGGCCACCGGCCCGACUUCCUCUCCGGAGAAGCCCCCGUGGCGGGACGACGCCGUCGGCCGCCCCGCCGACGCCCGGCCCGGGACGCCCCGGCCGCCAUUUUGGUUGGGGACCGAAGAGGUCGACGGGGGUCCCACGGCCUCCUCCUCCCUGCAGAUCUCCCCGUACACCUCCCAGCCUCCCCGACCCCGGAGCCCCGACGAGCCCGACGCGGCGGGUUCCCCUCAGGGAGAGGCGCCCGGCCCUGAGGGGACGGAGCCCAAGGGAGCGGAGAACGAACUGGCGCUGGAGGAGAGUCAGGAAACCACCACGUCCACCAUCGUCACCACCACUGUCACCACCACGGAACGGACCCCGGCGUCCUGCGGGGUGAGCUUCGUCCGGCCGGAGGGGUUCAUCGACUCGGCCGAUUACCCGCCGCAGCCCCGGCACGACUUCCUGGAGUGCACCUACAACGUGACCGUCUACACCGGCUACGGCGUGGAACUCCAGGUGAAGAGCGUGAACCUGUCGGAGGGGGAGCUGCUGGCCAUCCGGGGAGUGGACGGGCCCCGCCUGACGCUGCUGGCCAACCAGUCGCUCCUGGUGGAGGGUCAGGUCAUCCGCAGCCCCACCCACACCCUCUCCGUCUACUUCCGGACCUUCCAGGACGACGGGACGGGCGCCUUUCAACUUCACUACCAAGCGUUCAUGCUGAGCUGCCGCUUCCCGCGGAGGCCGGCCCACGGCGAGGUGACCGUCCUGGACCUCCACGCGGGCGGACUGGCUCGCUUCCACUGCCACCUGGGCUACCAGCUGCAGGGGCCCGACACCCUCACCUGCCUCAACGCCUCCAGACCCCACUGGACCAGCCGGGAGCCCAUCUGCUCUGCGCCGUGCGGCGGGUCGGUGGUGAACGCCACCAUGGGCCGCGUCCUGUCGCCCAGCUUGCCCGGCCCCGCCAACGGCACCCGGGCCUGCACGUGGACCCUGGCCGCUCCCGAGGGACAGAAGCUCCACCUGCACUUCGAGAGGCUGGCGCUCGCCCACCGGGACAGGAUGGUGGUGUCGAGCGGGCACGGCGACCCGUCGGGGGUGCUCUACGACUCCCUCCAGACGGAGGCCGUGCCCUUCGAGGGCCUGCUGAGCGAGGGCUCGGCCCUCCGCAUCCACUUCACCACCGACCGGGCCGGGACCGACGCCGCCUUCAACAUCCGCUUCGAAGCUUUCGAGAAGGGUCACUGCUACGAGCCCUACAUCCACAACGGGAACUUCACCACCUCGGACCCGACCUACAGCGUGGGCGCCGUGGUGGAGUUCGCCUGCGACCCCGGCCGCUCCCUGGACCAGGGGCCCCCCACCAUCGAGUGCGUCAACGUCCGAGACCCCUACUGGAACGACACCGAGCCUCUCUGCCGGGCCCUGUGCGGCGGGGAGCUGUCGGCCGUCGCGGGAGUGAUCCUGUCCCCGAACUGGCCGGACCCGUACGCGGAGGGAGAGGAUUGUAUCUGGCGCAUCCACGUCGGGGAGGACAAGCGGAUUUUCCUGGACGUGGAACUCUUAAACCUGAGCGACAGCGACACGCUGACGGUCUACGACGGGGACGAGACCUCCUUGCGCGUCCUGGGCCAGUUCGCGGGGAGCGGCGGCCCCCAGAAGCUCUACUCGUCCACGCCGGACCUGACCGUGCGGCUCCGCUCCGCCCCCGCCCGACCCGGACCCGCCGGGCCCGCCCCCGCCGAGGCCCGGGGCUUCGCCGUCAACUACGUAGAGGUGUCUCGGAACGACUCGUGCCCGGACCUGCCCGAGAUCCAGAACGGCUGGAAGACCACGUCCCACGCGGAGCCGGGCAGGGGGGCCGGGGUCACCUACCGGUGCGACCCGGGCUACGACGUCGUCGGGAGCGAGACCCUCACCUGCCAGUGGGACCUCAGCUGGAGCGGCGACCCCCCCUUCUGCGAGAAGAUCAUGUACUGCACGGACCCCGGCGGCGUGGAGCACUCGUCCCGCCUCGUCUCGGACCCGGUGCUGCCGGUGGGGGCCACCGUCCAGUACAGCUGCGACCCCGGCUUCGUGCUGGAGGGGAGCUCGCUGCUCACCUGCUACAGCCGCGAGACGGGCACCCCCAUCUGGACCUCACGCCUCCCCCGCUGCGUCUCGGAGGAAACGCUGGCGUGCGACAACCCGGGGCUCCCCGACAACGGCUACCAGAUCCUCUACAAGCGGCUCUACCUGCCCGGGGAGUCGCUCACCUUCAUGUGCUACGAAGGCUUCGAGCUGGUGGGCCAAGUCACCAUCCAGUGCAUCCUGGGCCAGCCGUCCCGCUGGAGCGGACCCCUCCCCGUCUGCAGAGUCAACCGGGACAGUUUCGAGCACGCGCUGGAAGUAGCAGAAGCGGCGGCCCAGACCUCGCUCGAAGGAGGAAACAUGGCCUUGGCCAUCUUCAUCCCCGUCCUCGUCAUUUCCCUGCUGCUGGGCGGAGCGUACAUCUACAUCACGAGAUGUCGAUAUUAUUCCAACCUGCGCCUGCCUCUGAUGUAUUCCCACCCGUACAGCCAGAUAACGGUGGAGACGGAGUUCGACAACCCGAUUUACGAGACGGGGGAAACCAGAGAAUAUGAAGUUUCGAUAUAAAGCCGCAAGCACCCGCAAGCUACGGACCUCCAGCUCUGAACCCCGGACAGGACGUCCUCGGCGAUUACUCCAGAGACCAUUCGGCAUUUAAACGGAACCCCGGACCUUCUCUUGUCUUUCCUUUCGAUUCUCUCGAAGAUUCGCUGUCUUCUUCCCCCCCUAUUUAUUCUAUUUAAAGCGAGACGGGCGCGCGGCUGUUCCGUGGCGGCCCCGAGGCCGGUGGGAAAUUCGCCCUUCGGUCCGACGGGGGGCCCUUGCCAAGGGAAGGGAGGAGGGGGGAGGAAGACCGUAUCCACCAGAGAGAGAAUCCCACCGUACCCCACGCCCGGUUCGGCGGGGCCCCUUUUCCGGUCCCCGGCCCCCCGGGGCCGGGGGGGGGGGGGGGGGACGGGACGGGACUCGGCGCCGCCGCCGCGGGUCCGCCUCGCCGCCGGCGGGACCCACGCUUGACUCGCCGGGAGGGUUGGCGCGAAGCCGCCGCGCUCCCCGGUCCGGCACCCCCGCUGUCCUCCGGGCCUGGGACUCGAGACGGCGGCGGAGUGCCGACGGUCGGCUCCGAGGCAGAAUCUCCGGGCGGGGAGGGCCGCUACCGCCAGCCGGGCGGUCCGGCUCCGAUCUGCGGCUCCGACCUAGCCCCCGGGGGACGGCACCACCCUUAAUGUGACUCUUCCCCUUCCACGUCCCACCCCCGGACUGCGACGUGUGGAAAGUCGCCCAGUGUUCGGACACGGUACCGGAAGACUUUUCCUCAUCCGGCGUCGGCCCCGCUUCCCUCCGGGAGAUCCGCAAAGGGGAAGCGAGACCGCGGGCCUCGGUCCUCCCCGGGCGCCCUCGGUCACCUCCGGCCCCCCGGCAGCGCGGCGCCCCCGCGGAGGUCGGCGAUGGACCCCGGGGAGCCGGAACCCGGACGGUCUCCUGAGGGAAGUGGGGGAGAUGGGCCGGAAGGGUUCGACUGCUGCCGUUCCCUCUCUCCGCGGCGCAAGCGGGCCGCGGGACCCGUCGCGUCCGGCCGGCGGGCCCCGGGCUCCGCCCCGGCCUGGGGCGGCCGCGCUCCGACUAAAGGCCGGCGGCUCCUCGAGGGCGGGGACCGCCUCGGCUCACUCUCCAGGACGUCAGGACGGCGCUCCGCGCGGAGUAAGGUGCCCGGGAGACGCCCCUGACCGGGCGUCGUGGGCUUUCCCCGGCUGGCAACAGAAGGCAUCUUCCGCGAUCCGACGAGGACGACGGGCACCUUCCCCAGACCCGCCCCGGCCCCGGCUUCCCUUUCCGUUUCCCUCACGGCGGUCUAGCGGCCCGGAUUUCCCAAGGUGGGACUCCGUCACCCCCCCACCCCUCGAACGGUAUCUCAGGGUAACGAUAAGGGACCGGAAUCCUCUAGGCCCGCUCAGAGCGGAUCCGAGAAGCCUCUCUUCCGGACACCAGAGAAAUCCGCGGGGUCCACUGGGCGGAGGAGCUAUUUCGAGGGGCGGGGGGGGGGGAAACAACGGCCACCUCUAGAAAUAGAAUCCAGAACGCUCAGAGAUCUCCAACGUCCCCGGUCCUCGGGCCCAGAAGAGGCCGACCCACCGGAGCCGCCUGGACCCGCGGGCCGCUCUCGGGACGGAGACGAGGCCCCGGCUUUCCCGCCUCUUCCCCUGGAGACUCCCGUCGGCCCCGGGCCAGGUUCCGGGGCCGGGAGGAGUCCUUCUACGGCACCACGGGGUCUAGAGCGAACGAUGCUCGUCGCGGCGCGCCCUACCCAUCUGGGAGACGGAUGUCCGUCCCGGAUCGGCUGGUUAAAAAACGGAAAAUAAUUCAGCCGCCCAGAAAACAAACACACGCACCCGAACGCCCCCACGCCAAAAUUGAGCCCCAUAUUUUUCUGACGUUCAUUGCUUCACCUCACCCCUGGCCCGACCGGAAAAGACGGCGUCACCUUCUCCCGCUCGGGCAUCUUGCGUUUACGUGACCGCUACGGGUCGUCGUCCGACAGAGAUCCGCGCGACGGGGAAUCCGCCCGCUAAACGCCCGCCCCCUGAACCUCCGAGCCCAAACACCCUAUCCCCGUCGGCAUCCGGAGGGAGACGACACCGGUAGUUGGCGGGUUUUGUUUCGGACGCCGCCGUCUCGGGUCGUUCCGCCACGGCCUCUGUAACCAGGAAGACGGCCUUUUAGAAAUCGGUUUAGAGAGAGGUAUCGCGGUCUUUACCGUGUCCGGCGCGGCCGAGGCGGUAGCGAUCGUCUUGAGGAUCCGGGGAAGUCUACUCGUCAAAGAUAAACAGGGCCCGAACUGCGCCGGGCACCUCCUUUCCGUGAUUUUAUAAACGACGACGCGAAAACCGUGAGGCUUCAACGUUCGCCGACGCGACCCCUUCCUCGAGAAACUCCAGAGUGGCGCGGACCUCGGCACCAGCGCGGCGCUCUAUUUAUCCCCGUCUCUUCGGCUCGGACCUCCCCCUCUGGGCUCUCACGGAACGGAGGCUGACCGCCCUCUCGCCGCGGAUGUCCCGUCCCCCGUCCCCCCCCCCCCGCCCCCGAAACCUCGUCUCUGGGUUCCCGGCCCGGAGGGGCAAGCCGCGGCGUCUCUUCGGGACGUCCGAUUCCGAGACCCGGACCCGGGCGAACGGGGAGGAAAGAGCGCCCGUCACCCAACUCCGCGGGAUCUCGGAUGAGUUGGCGAAAGUCUGGACAGAUUUAGGGGGUGGACCUAAGUCUGGAGUCGAGACGCCUCGUCGGGGAUUUCUCGGUAUCGGUGACGUUUGAAGAACAAAAACCCAUCUGUAACGUGGGGCUACGGUAGGGUGGGUCCCAGGUGGAUCGGGGACCCGGCACGAUCUCAGCCGCAUACCUAGUGAGCACAUAGUAAGCAUUUAAUAAAUGCCAUAAUAUAUAUAUAUAUAUGUGUAUAUAUAUAUAUUGUGUCUAUAUAUUACGUGUGUGCGCGUGCGUGCGUGUAUAAGUACGUGAACCUCCAAGCCCUGAGAUUUCUUUUCCUCGGACGUUCUGACUCUCUCGUUCUCCGCCCGAUUAUGGCCGAUCCGCUCUCGUUCUUUCGAUCGAUAUUCAGGGCUCCUAAAAGCCUAACGUCCUCAGAGCCACGAGUCUUUGAGAAGUCCUCGCUAAUCUCCUCCCUAGGAUCUAACAGCCUGUUCUCAGACGCUUCUCCCGCGUCCCCUAAAAGCCAACUUUCCAUAAGCUCCAGUUCCGCUACCCGUUCUCCCCCCCCCCCCCCGGCGUACGUCAGAGCGAGAAGAGUACAUCGGGUAGAGUUCAUUUCCAAGGUGAUUCGACCUCGGUUCACCUAGAGUCCGCCCGUACUUCAUCCGCUUUUACCUAGAGCUCAUUCGGUUUCCCAUCUGGUCCAUCCGUGGCGAUUCUAUAAAAGGACAAACAGCGAGCACGAAAGUUCAAGGCAUUGACUCUAAAUCACUGACCAAUAAGGCUCCGACAAAACUUCCAAGAUACAGUUUUUUUGAAAAGUCGCCUUUUCCAAAAGGGCAGACACAAAUUUCUCCAAGCGAUUCCCUUCAAAAGUCUGAACCGGUCCCGUGAAAUCGAUUCCAGAACCCAGACUGAGGGUCUCGACUCGACCGGCUGGGAUUUGAGACGCCUUUCUCGGUUGAUUGUCGACGGGACGCCUUUCUGCAUCGGGUAGCGGCCCCGGUGACAUCCUUGAGAGAUCCGGUCUUUCGUUCCAACACUCAUCGUCCCGCAUCUGCCCCGGCGCGAUCGGCGUAGAGGAGGCGCUUGCCAAGUGGGGGUAUCGGCUCCCAAACGCUCCCGCGGACCCGGAUCUUGGCCGGGCGCCCCCCGGGAUCACCCUAGAGGCGGGUCGCGAGCGGAGACGGGAGCGGCCGAGAAGGAUCAUCGACCCACCAAGGCUAAAGAAGCCACGGUAGACAGAACCCAAGCCCGAGAGAAGCCAAACCGGGCUUCGCCGGCCGUCCCCUCUUCCCCCGGAAACGGGAGAACGGGGAGGGGGGACGAACGGAAGGAAGGGACGGCGAGAUCGCGCGCCCCGCUCCGCCGUUCGAAGAAGCGACUUUCUUGGCCAUCCCCGUAGUCCCUAAGUUACGUUUAACGUUCGUCGCGUAGGGGUCAUCCACGAGGAAACGCGCAAGAGGAACGAAGAGUCCGACUGCCCGGAGUUCAGCCUCUCUCUCUCUCGUUUGGGGGAGGGAGGGUUUUUCUUACAACUUCCUGUAGGUUAGUGAAUUUUUACCAAGUGGUUUGUAUGUCAGCCGAAGGCCUUCCCCAGCGGCCCAGUUCCCUUAGCUGCUCCUUAUUUUCUCUGCUUUUCCUAAGUCGGGAGUCGGUCCGUUCCCACGAGAAACCAUGACGGAUUUGUAGCGCCCCAUAAAUGUCUAUUUUCCUGCGAUUUUCUUGAUCGUAAACCCCGGUUUCUUACUUGCCGUUUUAUUUUCCUACGGUUUCGUUCUUAAAUCUAAAUGCGGAUGAACCGACCGUAUGAAGCCCAAGGACUCAGAGCAGUAGUGGCCGUCCCUACCGACUGAUAGCCCUUCUUUCGGCAUUGUCCAUGGUACUGUACCCCCCGUCCCCCGCCCCUCCCGGACCCUCGACCCCCUACCCCGAGUGCAAUAAAUUUCUCAUUUUGCAUCACA